AUGGUUUACACCGGAAAGCCCUCCGGCGGGUGCAAGCUGUGUAGGAUUAGGAAGGUCAAGUGCGACGAGGCCAAGCCGUUUUGCAUGCGAUGCACCAAGUCGAAGCGACACUGUCCGGGGUACGGCGCCGUCGUCCGCGACCAGGGGAAGCCGUCGGCGGAGAAGCUGAGGAAGAUGAAGGCCGGCAGCUCCGAGAGCACCGGCGCUGUGGAUCCGUCGAUACCGAUCAAGAGCAUCGAGACGGAUUGUUGCAUGGAUACGACGGCCAUCAGCAAAAGACGGGGUUCGACGCCGAACUUCAGGCUGGGCGACAAAGAAGGCGACCUCAUGAGCGUGCUGGAGAAGGUUCCCGGGGGGCUCAUGGACUCACUGGACGAGCAAGCGUCGUGUCUUUUUCUCUCCGAGUUCGUCAACGUGCCGCUUACACCGACGGCCCGGGGGUACUACGCAUUCAUACCAAGAUUCCUCGGCAGCGGCAAGGUUUCAAUAUGUCUGUCGCAGGCGUUCAAGGCGACAUCCAUGGCGACGUUGGCGAUGAAGCAGUCAAAGGGUAUGAGAGGGCCGGCGUUACUCCGCGCUCAGGAGCAUCACCUCAAGGCGUUGCGGGCAGUAGGCCAGGCCAUCGCGGAUCCGAAGGAGAUGCAUAGUGACCAGACACUGGGUGCCGUGCUCAUGCUAGCAUUCUACGAGUCAUUAAUGUCGAAAGACUCAAUGAAAGAGUAUAUAAGUCAUCUGAAGGGAGCCGCAAGGAUCGUUCAGAUGCGCGGGAAUAAAGUACUCGAGACGACCGAGGGAAAGGAGUUGUUCGCCAUGACACGCAACCAAUGCCUCUCAGUGCAGAGCUUAUUCAAAGAAGCGGAAAUGACAAGCUACUCAUGGCUCCUGUACAACGAGGCCGUCAACGAGAACAACCGCCCAACCGUCGACAUCAGCCUGCUGAGCAGUCGACUUCAGCAAGCGAUCGACUCCAUCAUCGGCAAGGCCAGCGAACCGAGUCCCGAGGCCCUCGCGACAAUGACGGAGCUGCUCGGCAAGGCACGAAAACUGGAGGCAGAAUUCCGCAAAAUCAACGACAACAAUCCCAGUCCCACAUGGAAAGUCGACACGGCGGAGUGGGUUUUCGAUCGGACCGACGAAGAACUCGAUACCGAGCCAACCUUCGAGGGACAAGUCUACAAGUUCUUCAACCUUCCGAUGGCGGUCCUGCACCUGGUCACCUGGUGCACUCAUCUGAAUCUCAUCUCAACCAUCAUGCGAUCCACAUCGUGGCUCGCCUCGGCCGGCAGAGAGGGCAUCGAAGACGACGAGGAGUACGACGAGCUCGUCCGAGUCGCGACGAAUCGCGUCGAGGACAUCGUCGCGGCGGUCCCUUACUUCUGCAGUUGGAACGGCUACGGGGUUAUCGUUUCCCAGUUCCCCUGCGGUACCACGAAGCCGGACGACCCGCUCAAGGGAGAGGCCGGGCUCAUCGUCAUGUGGCCCGUCGCCAUGGCGAUGAAGAGCGAUUACGCGACCGCGCGUCAAAGGCGAUACCUACGCGGCCGCCUGCGGUACAUAGCGGAUGUGUCUGGUAUCAGCCAGGCCAAGUUCUUUGUGAGCGAGAUUUGA